GUGUUCCCUACCGCUGAGAGGAAACCAGCUAUCAAGGCCCAGAGGGGAGGGGGGCUUGGCCUCCGACGCGGGGCGGUGACAUGUCUCUCGAAGACCCGUUCUUUGUAGUUCGAGGCGAGGUGCAGAAGGCAGUGAACACAGCCCGCGGGCUGUACCAGCGCUGGUGCGAGCUCCUGCAGGAGGGCGCUGCGGUCGGACGCGAGGAGCUGGAUUGGACGACCAAUGAGCUGCGGAAUGGCCUACGCAGCAUUGAGUGGGACCUCGAGGACCUGGAGGAGACCAUCGGCAUAGUGGAAGCUAACCCAGGCAAGUUCAAGCUCCCAGCUGGGGACCUGCAAGAGAGAAAGGUGUUUGUGGAGCUGAUGCGGGAGGCUGUCCAGGAAAUGAAGGAUCAUAUGGUCAGCCCAGCAGCUGUAGCCUUUAUGGAGAGAAAUAAUAGAGAGAUGCUGAUGGGCAAGCCAUCAGCCCAGAAGCCAUUCAGUGACCUGCUGGAUGCCAGCGUAGUCUCAGCCACCUCUCGCUACAUUGAGGAACAGCAAGCCACACAGCAGCUGAUCAUGGACCAACAGGACCAACAGCUGGAAAUGGUGUCUGGGAGUAUCCGGGUUCUGAAACACAUGUCUGGCCGAGUUGGGGAGGAGCUGGAUGAGCAGGGCAUUAUGCUGGAUGCCUUUGCUCAUGAGAUGGACCACACCCAGUCCCGGAUGGAUGGGGUGCUCAGGAAGAUGGCCAAAGUAUCCCACAUGACAAGUGACCGCCGGCAGUGGUGUGCAAUUGUGGUGCUGUUGGGGGUGCUUCUCCUGAUUCUCAUCCUGCUCUUCUCUCUCUGACCCUGGCCCUCCCCAGGGGGCUGAUCCUUCAAGCUGAGGGAGCUGGCAGGGCCCUGCCCUCUGGGAGGAGGGUGUCAUACCUGGGAAGCUAUCCCAAGGCUCUCAUCCAGAGCCAGUGGGACCCUCAGGACCCUGGGUCAGAACCCCCACCACUGGUCCUCUCCCAAGUGCACUUAGGGAGUGGUGGAGGUUGGGGGACCUCAGACCCACCCCACCCCAUUUCUAUUUCCAGUGCCCGAAAGCCAUUUAUUCACCCCUGUGCCUUCUACAUGUGCCAACUUGGAAAUAAAAUCCCAGUCUUUUUUAUACGUAUUUAUAUCAUAUGGUAUGUUGACUCAAAACUUGUGGCUGCCUCUUGAAUGGGAACUCUGAUUUUAAGCCCCAUUUGCACACACUAUGGCACAGGUAUGUGCGUGUGUGUAUGCAUGUGUGCAUGUUAGGAAUUUCAGUGGCCAGUAUCGGGUGCAGAAAGAUUAUUCUGGUUAACUUCUUGGUUUUCAUGACGGAUCCUUUUAUUACUAUUGAAAAUUUCAAACCAUGAAUCUUUCUUGAACUCUUGAAGUUCAACCUAAACAUCAUUUGUCUGUUCUGUGCCCAAGGUUGGUAAAUGCCUUAGCCAUGGAGCUGAGUGGUCACUUCUGAGGUGCCCCUGAGUAACGCUGGGCUCCACUGCACACCUGGUUUCUUGUUCCCUCUGUGAUGCAUCACUCUAACAAGGCAGCAUUUGUAAAUUUAAGGGCUUUGCGAUAGAGCCUUCCUGGGUAUGAAAGGAUUCCUGUAAACUUGUUAAGUGCUAUGAACCUUAGAUUAUCAUUAGAUGUUUCCAACCCCCACAUUAGAUAAUCAGUCAUGGGAACCACGCAACUCACUCACUCAUGUACAUGUUAUAAAGUGCUGUAUGUUACAAGGAUAGUAUUCCGUCAUGCCAGUUUGUCAAAAAAGAACCAAAUAUGUACAGAUUGUUUUUUCAUGCUAUGGUUUGGGUUCUCUUGAUCUAUUCUAUACUUAGUUCUAAGUCUUUCUGGGGUUAAAACAUGUGCUUCUGGGAGUCAGAUGGAGCAGAAUCACUUCUGGAUUUUUGUUGGCAAUGCUGUUGGUCCUCAGAACCCCUUUCUGAUGGCUGAAGCUGGACUUCAGGACUCCAGAGGUGCUGGUCUUACUGAAACAUACACAAGUCACCCUGUGAACUGUAGUAUAGAUGACCUUUGAACAACUCACAUUUGAAAUGUGCAGGUCCAUUUA